AGAAGAAGAUAUCAAUGGCUAAGGUUGGAAGCGGUACCAGCGACCAGGCAAUGGCUGCGUCGCCGGCAAUUUCUUCUUCUUUCCUCCCACUCCCGGCCAUCGCAUCACUCCAUCAUAGUCAGAAUCACCAACUUUACUUUCUCCACAAUAAUCCAACCCUCAGAACCUCCUCCCGGAGUCAGAAGCGGCUGGUUUUCAAGGUUCAAGCUGCAAAGCUUCCUGCUGGAGUGGAACUGCCGAAAGAAGUUCCAAAAUUUCAGCCCCCAUUUCUGGGGUUCACUAGGACUGCUGAAAUAUGGAACUCCAGGACUUGCAUGGUUGGUCUUAUUGGCAUCUUCAUCGUUGAACUGAUUCUGAACAAGGGAAUACUUCAGAUAAUUGGCGUAGAAGUUGGCAAAGGUCUUAAUCUCCCCCUGUGAUUGUCAGUUGUCACUGAACAAUUCCGCCAUGUAUUGUUUUCUCUAUUUUAUGGUUGCGCAACACACUUUCAGCUGUGCAGAGCAGAUCUUCUUAAACCCUUGAUGCAUAUUUUAUUUUUGCUGUUUGGUUUAUGUAACUGAUAUUGCGCUAAAUAAUUUUAAACUUCCUUGAUCUUACCAAA